GCCACCACACUUGACUCUUCCUCAGUUAUCACCUGAAUCGCUAAUCAGACUUGCCAUUGUCAAUUGAUCCUUUCAACAACACCACUCCAUCAACCCCCUCGAGCUCCAUAAUCAUCCACCAUGAAGAUUCUCACCAAGGAAGAAGAAGAUGCCCACUACCGAACCGUCGUCAAAGGCGGCACCAUCGGCGGCAUCCUGGGCCUAAUCGGCGGCGCGGCGGGCGUCCUCGCCGCCAGCAAACGCUACCACACAAUCCGCAACCUGACGCUACCGAUGAAAUCCUUCCUGGUGACGUCCUCGGGCACCUUCGUGGGAAUCAUCUCCGCCGACCACGCCUCGCGGGACUUCGAAGCGCAAAACAACGCCAAGCGCCAAUGGUACGAGAACCGCGAAGAGCGGCUGCGGCAAGAAGAGCUCUCCAGCCUCUCCUUCACCGACCGCGCCAUCAUGUGGGCGCGUCGCGAGAAGUACAAGAUCGUGGGUGUGACGUGGGUGGCCAGCAUGGUGGGCAGCUUUGCGCUCGUCGGCCGGAAUCCGUACCUCAGUGGGCCGCAGAAGAUUGUCCAGGCGAGAGUUUAUGCGCAGGGCCUGACGCUGGCGGUUUUGGUGGCGAGCGCGGGGUUUGAGAUCUCCGAGAGGAGGAAUAGGAGGAAGGGGCUUUUGGAGAAGGAGGGCGGUGUGAAUGGGAAGGGGAAGGGGAAGGUCGAGGAGGUGAAGGAGAGUGGGGAGGGGCAGGGCGAGGGUAAUGAGACGGGUGAUUUGUGGAAGGAUAUGGUUGCCGCUGAGGAGGAGAGGUUGAGGAGUAGGAAGAUGAGUCUCCAUGAGAGUGAUUAUCAUGGGAAUCAUGCGCAUGUGGAGGAGAAGGAGAAGAAGACGGAGGAGAAGGAGGAGAAGAAGGAGGAGGAGGAAAAGAAGGAAUAGGUGGUGGUUGUUGAUGCUGCUUUGACGUGGUUAGGCGGGUCUUAACCACGUCGUUGGUUCUGUCUGUCUCUGUACUCUAUUCCCUCUGGACAUGAUGUCUUUGUGUUAGUUAGA